AUGCCGAUAAUAAUUGUACAUGUCGUGUUUAAUUCUAAAACAGUAUUUGAGUGGGAAGGACUUCCCGUUAAUAAAGAUAUGAACAUACAAGAAUUUUUUAAAGAUGUAGUUGUUGACAAAUUAAAUCCGGAACUAUGGGAGAAAAAUUGUGUAGCAUAUUUUAGUCAUACGAAAAUAGGUGAAACAGAAAAAAUAGGAUUGGAAUGCAAUGCGUGGGAGACUGUAAAUCAGUGCGGAAAAUAUGUAACAUUUAAAUUACUAAAUGAUUCUAAUGAAAUACCAUCUAUGAAUACAAUCAAUGCAUUCGAAUUAAUGAGAUCUGCAUCAAUGCAUAAUUAUCUUCCAGAAUUUAAAUUACCGGCAAAAAAUUCUUGGGAACAAUUACGCAUAGAUUUAAAUGAAUUGAUUAGAAGUAAUGGAGGGGGUUGGAUAGGAAAGGAUAAUGCAAAUAAUAUUGGAAAAAAAUUUGUUACUGAUUUGGCAAAAUCUAUUUGGUGCGUUGAUAUUUGCUCUUAUAAAACAUUCAAUGAGAGAUUUAAAAUCCCAGCUUUAUUUACCAAUUUUUUUGAUCGAGCACAUCCUGAAAAAUACAAAAGUUCAAGAAGAUCAUUUGAUUCAGAAGAAUUACAACGUCAUUAUAAGAUUUUGAUGAAUUACAUUGAAUUACCAUGGAUGGAAAAACCCAAAUUUGCUUGGCUAAAAGAACCUUUACUGCUUUAUGCAAAUAAUCUUUUAAAGUAUGCUGAAUACUUAAUUAGUCAAAGAGUUAUAACUGCAAGAAACCAAAGUUCUUUAACACCUGUAGUUGAUGAAGAAAAGGCCGGAUAUAUAGAAAUUUUGGAUGAAAAUACAUGGCGAAAACCUGAAGUAGUUAAAGAGUUUC